AUGGCUUUGGGCGUUGGCUUAGGAAAGCGAAGUUUGCUGCGCAGCUUCGCCGCUGCUGCAGCGCCGCUGCUGCUGCUGCUGCUGCUGCUGCAGCAGCAGCAAGCAGCAGCAGCGCGGCCGCUGAUCGACCCCAUGCAGCACUCCAUCGGGCUCGUGUCCGAGGCCACUUGGAGCGGCAAAGUCCUCAAGUUUCGGGACAGUUCUGUGUUUGCAGUUUUGUUUUUCGACCCGAGUUCCGCAGACACCCCAGCCCUCGUUGAGGUGUACGAACACUUCGCCAAAAAAAUGAAAGGCUUCGUUCAAGUCCUCGCUGUCGACUGUUCUCACAAUUCAAAACUCUGCAAAGAACACGCCCAACAGCCCCUCCCCCAAAUCGUCAUUUUCCCCCCUUUUCCACUUCCCCAGUUCGCCUACCAGGGCCCGAAAGACGUGGAGAGUUUGUCGAAGGCGGUGCGGCCUUUGAUUCCUUCGAAUGUGAAGUCCGUGGCGAACCAAAAAGAGCUCGAGGCCCUCAUUGCCUCGACUGUUCAAAUGCCAAAAGCUCUUUUCUUUUCCGACAAACUCACCAAGCCCUCCAUUCUCCUCAAGGCCCUCAGCAACGCCUUCAAGGACAAGCUGGCCUUCGUGUUGCUGAACAAAGACGCGUUUCCUGAGGCCGUGAAGAAGUACAAAGUGACCAGCUUUCCGCACUUGGUGGUCGUGAGAAAAGACAAAAAAGAUGAAGUUUAUAAAGGCGCUUUUGAAUUUCAAAAGCUUUUCGACUGGCUGAAUGUCUUCUCCGAAACUUUCGUCAUGGGCGGCGGCUUCUCAGACACUGCGCCUCCCGCUGAAAUCGACCCGGAGCUGCAGCCUUGGAAAGUUGAACCGGUUCCGGAACUGACCAAACAGUCCAGCCAAGACAUCUGCUUCAAGAAAAGCAACAAGUUCGUUUGCGUGAUGCUGGCGAAGAGGGGGCGGCAGUUGACCACUGAGGAGCAGGAAAUGAUGGAGUCGCUGAAGGAAGACUACGAGGGCCACCAAGACAAGGGGCCGGACUUCCGCUUCAUGUGGAUCGACCUCGACACGGAAACCGAAUGGGCUGAGCUCUUCGACAUCAAAAACACCCCCACUGUCGUCGCAGUUAAUCCGCACAAGAAAGUUCGCUUUCUGAAGCUCGCAGCCGACUUGCCGGCGACGAAGCCGCACAUCCGGAAAAUGCUGGGAACCAUCUCAAGUGGAGAUGCGCGAUUCAAGAUUGUGCCUCAGGCAAAAGUGCCGAAGUUUGUGGACAGAAAAGAGGCAAAAGAAGAUGCGAAAAAGCCGGACACAAAGAAAGAAGAGCUUUAG